AUGGAUGUAAACAAAGGAGAAGAAUUAACAAUUUUGAAAUUUGAGGACAGAGAGUCUAGAGACCCGGUGACAUUUAGCUCUUCAGUCUGUUUGCAAACUCCUUAAGGAUACUUUUUAUCAUUUAAUAGUAGUGGAGAACUUAAAGUAGAGAAAAAUAUGUCAUUUGAGACUCAUAACACAACAACAGCCAAAUUGACCAAGUGGAACAUCUAUGAUGCUAAGAACACAAAGAGUACAAAUAUUGUGACACCUUUCGAUGAUAUCGUUUUAAAGUCACCAUUUGGAGAGUUUUUCUAAGUGUAAAAUAAUGAAAUAAUUGGAGCAAAUGGGAAAGAGUCUAAUGAAAACUGCAUCUUUAAAAUAGUUAAGGCGGGCAUUCCAUUCCUGCCAGAUUGGAUAUUCAAAAGACCUCAUUUGAAUCAUAAUAAUAUCACUGGAUAAUACUAAGGAUUCUUGUAGCAAUAACAGAGAGUUAAGAAUGAGGAAAGACCUAAGAAUUUGGGAACAUUUCCUAUAGAAAUUUAGGAAACUUUUCUGAUUGAAGAUCUAUUAUUCGCAAUGAGCAAUAUCGAGGGUGUAUAUAUAAAAAGAAAGCAAGUAUAAGGAAUUGAUGGGUCAGUUAGAAGUGAGUUUCAGAUUGAGCCUUAUCUCUAAUAGCCAACUGCUGAUUUCUCAUUAUAAUUCUUGGUCAAUAAGAUGUUGCCAUUGUGCACCAAUCAUGAUAUAGUACAGGAAUUCAUUAACGUUCAUUCUUAAUUUGAGUUUGGUUUAGUUUCUCAUGCUCUCUGUGAUGCUAUCAGAAUAUUAAUGAAAGAGUAUCUAUUAUUAGUCACCUAACUAGACACUGAAUUCAUGAAGUCAGACUUGACUUUGCAAAAAGUAUGGUUCUAUAUUUAAAGCUCACUUAGAAUUAUGGAAAAUCUAAAAAGGCUAACUUAGGAAGCUGGGAAUAAGAAGGGAGGUGCUCUAUUGAAUGUGAUAUACAGACUCAUGAUUAAUAGCAGCGAUAAAUCAAUCAGAGAUUUAUUUGAAUUCUUAUUGGAGAAGAGUGCCUUGCCAUAUUUCUAAAUUCUUAAGAAAUGGAUAUUUCAGGGUAUCUUGGAUGAUCCAUUCUAAGAAUUCAUAGUUAAAGAAAAUAAAUAAUACAGUAAGGAGAAUAUUGAGAAAGAUUUUAAUGAUUAAUACUGGGCUGAGAGAUUUACCUAUAGGGAUGAGAUGGUGCCUAUUUUCCUAGCCAAAUAUAAAGAAAAGGUAAUGCACUCUGGUAAAUAUCUAAACGUUAUAAGAGAAUGCGGCAAAGAUGUGAAAUACCCAUAUGAAUAAGAAAACCUACUCUAAGGUGUUCUACCUCAUAAUGCUGGUGAUGAAGAGAUGAAAGAUGUGGAUGCAAUUUAGCCACGAUAGUUCUAAUAGAGUUCACCCUAGUCACAGUAAUUCGAUUUCUUUGAACCAAUAGAAAAGGCUUAUGAAUGGAGUUCUUAAUAGCUUCUUAAUUUAAUCUUUAAUGAAUGCCAACUCAUAAAAAGACUUGAGUCUUUGAAGCACUAUUUCUUCUUAGAUAGAGGUGACUUUUUCCUUCAUUUUGUUGAAGGAUCAGAGGAAAUAUUAGAGACUUAAACCUCUCAGAUGACAAUGGAAAAACUUGAAAGUUAUCUUGAGAUGGCUAUCAGAACUUCAAGUGCAAAUGCUGAUCCAUUCAAGGAUGAUGUGAAAUGCGAGCUUAAUUCCUAUGGACUAAUUGAGUAGUUAUUUGCAAUAAGAAAUAUCAGAGGUGCUCUGGGCAUUAAUGCAGGAAUAUCUGGUAAUAAUUAAAAUCCACUCUAUGAAUUCAAGCCUACUGCUAAAACUCUGAAAGUAUUAGAGGCAUUUACUCUGGAUUAUACAGUGAAAUGGCCCUUGACAUUGAUCUUAUCCAGAAAGACCAUCACAAAGUAUCAGUUGAUAUUCAGACAUUUGCUUUAUUGCAAGUAUGUCGAGAGAAAUUUGGAUAUAGUAUGGUCACAUCAUCAAUCAACUAAGGAGUAUUCACUUCAUGGUGUCUUGCAAAAGACCUUCCUACUCAGACAUAGAAUGUCCCAGUUUUGUAAAAACUAUAUCUACUAUAUGGUGGUUGAGGUGCUAGAACCUAAUUUCCACAAAUUCAAGGAAAGUCUAAAGAAGGUAAAGACCAUUGAUGAGAUUUUAAAUUUGCACAACAACUUCCAAGAUGAAUGCCUUAAGGAAUGCUUACUUACUGACUAAAAUCUGUUCAGAAUCCUAACUAAGCUAAACCAGACAAUUCAUUUCUUCAGCAGAAUCAUAUUUAGAUCUUUCUAGUCUCUGCAAAGUGAAGAGACUUUGAAUCUAGCAGAGGCUGAAGACAACUAUUAUGGCAGAGGAAAAUACUAAGAUGAUGAUGAAGAUUUGAAGGAUAGUAUUGACAUCCACCAUUUACGCAGAAGAAAGGAGCGCAUUGAGAAGAAGUCUGAAAAUAUUAGAUCUGCCAUCAGAGAAUAGAACUAUUAGAGAACAGUAGACAAGUUCCAAUCUACCUUUGACAAUCAUAUCAAGGAGUUGAUUCAAGUUUUGACUUAGAGUAAGAGAUAUGAAACUCAUAUUGCUAAUUUAGCCACUAGAUUGGACUAUAAUGGUUACUACUCUGAGAAGUUCUAGCAAGAAAACCAGUUCAUGAAUUGA